CUCUUCUGCUACCCAAAACCAACAUAAUGGAAACAACCGAAUCUCUGUGGCGAAGACGCCUAGGACCGGCCUUACGCAUGGUGCUGGCAUGCAGUAUAGUAGGCUGCACAACCCUCUAUGGGCCUAAGUCUGUCCGGGAUUUACUAGAAUUCUCCGCCUUUUCCUACGUAACAACUGUCCUGAUAGUGUCUGAUGCCACGCUUGGUGAUGCCCUGAGAGGUUGCUGGAAUGUCCUGUACGCCAGCAUUCAAGUGAUGCUCCCUUCCGUGUUGAUUCUCAGGGGGAUUGGACCGGCCAGGUUAACCGCCGAACUAGCUGCACUGGCUGUGGCUGUUACUGCAUUCAUGGUGGCUUUGCCCAAUUCCACAUCACUCAUGGCUAAGCGGAUCGCCUUCGGACAGGCUGUAAUUGUGUAUGUAGGCGCCGUUAUUCAUGGUGCACAAACCGGAACAGUGAUGCACCCAGUUCAUGUGGUUUCGAGCACUGCUCUUGGCGCCAUGGCCUCAGUUGUAGCCAUGCUGCUUCCAUACCCUCAUCUAGCCUUCCUUGAGGCGAGGAGAGCGUGCAGAAUCUAUGCUGAAAAUGCUUCACGGAGACUGAAUUUCUUAGUGGAAGCCUUCUCUGCAAAGGACAACAGGGCUGCAUUUGAUUUUCUUACAGAAGCAAAAGCCUUGGCUAAAACAGGUGCUAAACAUGUUCAGAGCAUCAGAGAUAAACAGGAAGGAAUGAUGUGGGAGAGACCUCGUCUCAGGUUCAGGAAACCUAACUGCGUGGACCCUGGAGAGAAACUGCAAGACAUGGAAAUACUAAUUAGAGGGAUGGAACUUGCCUUGACUUCCUGCACUUCCUUCCCUGUUGACAUGAUUGAUGAAAUGCUGAGAGAUUUUCUGCAGAAUGCAAAAGUGCAGAUAGGGUUAAAGCUUGAACAGGCUAAGUGCUCAGCUCCAUUUGAUGCAACAACAGCUCCAGAAACUAAGGAAGAACAUACCAAGAAACCUCUGUUUAGUCACAGAACUAUCUCCACAACCCAAGAACUACCUGCUUGCUUCUUCCUCAAUUGCAUGGAACUCCUCCAGUAUAGCUCAGCCAUUGCUGGAAGCAUCAAGUGCCCUGUAGAGAAGGAAGACAAAGCUAAAACCAAAGAAUCAAGUGACAUGGACAAAGGGAAAAGUUGCUUCAAAUUUAUUCAGGGGAGUCUGCUCACUAUCUUGACACAGCUGAGAAGUGAAAGAUUGGUUUUUGCAUUCAAGUGCUCAAUUUCUCUAGGUCUCGCUGUGCUAUUGGGUCUGAUUUAUACCAAAAAGAAUGGAUACUGGUCAGGACUAACAGUUGCCAUUAGUUUUGCUGCAGGCAGACAAGCAACAUUCACAGUUGCGAAUGCCCGAGCACAGGGGACGGCAAUGGGAUCAAUAUAUGGAAUUAUCUGUUCCUUUAUUUUCCAUAAGUUUGUGGAUUUGAGGUUCUUACCUCUGCUGCCUUGGAUCAUUUUCUCCAGUUUUCUAAGGCACAGCCGGAUGUAUGGUCAAGUUGGUGGGAUUUCAGCUGUCAUAGGGGCAUUACUAAUCUUGGGUAGGACAAAUUAUGGCACUCCAACUGAAUUUGGAAUUGAUAGAAUAACAGAGGCUACCAUUGGAAUACUGUGUCUCAUCAUGGUGGAGCUCCUCUUGCAGCGAGUGAGAGCAGCCACCCUCGCAAAAACAGAGCUUUCGCGGUGUCUUGGGCUGCUUCAAAAUUGCAUUGAAGGAAUAGUACUUUGUACUGAAGCAGAACUAGAGCCUAAUUUCUGGUUCAAGCCUUUUCAUAGUAGCUGCUACCACAAACUUCUAGGAUCUUUAUCAAAGAUGGCGGAUAUAUUACUCUUGUUAGCCUACCAAAUUGAAUUCCUCUCACAGGAAUCACCCAGGAUUGGAGAUGCGCGGAAGGAGCUUGAACAACAGAUCAACAAUGAUAUAGAGUUUUUUGUCAAAAAAGUUGUCACUUGGUUAAAAUGCCUUGACGGGGUGUUAGAGAUCAAAUCCCAAGCCAGCCUUGAAAAAGGGAUGCAAAGUAGGACCAUUUCCCUUGACAUUGAGUCUGGAAAGCCAGCAAAUGCACAGGCUUGUACAAACAUGGGGCUAGGAGACGAAGAUGUCGAGAAGAUCGCAGGUUCUUUUCUUCAACAUUCAACGGAAGUAACCAACAUAAUUCUGUGUAACGAAGGUAAGGAGAUGCUUAAGAGUCAAAUGGUUCUGUUUUUGAGUGGCCUAGGGUUCUGCAUCAGCACAAUGAUGCGAGAAACAAUUGAGAUGGAGAGAGAAAUAAAAGAACUGGUGAAAUGGGAGAAUCCAGGAAGGCACAUAAACUUCCAUGAAAUUAUGGGUAAGCCCACGAACAUCCAUCCAAGGUAAAUUCAGCACUAUUACCUUCUAGUGACACAAAAGAAGAGGUUUCUUUAUUGAACUCCCAUUACCACCUCCUCAAAGAAAAUUGUAAAUAGUCAUAGUAAAAUGAGUUGAGAUAA